AUGUCGCGGAACCGCAGCAACCUGAGUAGCCAAAAUAAAUCAAUUGAUUGUGAUGAUGAGGUGGAAGAAGAAUCUGCUACAACAAAUCGACGAACUAAGAGUGGAUCACUGGAAUCGAGGUCGCCACCUGAGAACUGUGACUUUGUGGAGUUUUUGGAUAUGCAGGAAGAUUCGCAGGACCUGAAUUUGUGGCAGGAAAAUGCCGAAAGCUCCGUCCAGGAGAAAAGCCCCCUUCACAGGGUAGUUAAACCAAAUACCACUUAUAAACCCCACAUCAAUCCGGAGGCAGUUGAGAAUCAUCGAAGGAUCUACCGCCAAUUGGGUAUUCAUGUUCCAGAAUCUCAACCAGAUCAUCCUUUAAGUUGUUACAGCUUCAUUGUGAAACUUUUCCUAGCCACUUCUUUGGAUUCUGUGGAUUUUCUUAAAUGGUCCGCUGAUGGUUGUGAAUUGGAGAUGGAUUAUCAGGGUUUGGAGAGCCACUUGACCAGUGGUUGCUCUAUUUUCCAGUGUCGAAACACAUUGCAAUUUACAGGCUUCCUUUUGGCCCACGAAUUCGAACGGGUUUUGUACCGUGAGGAUACUAAAUCCAUCCUGUUGAUCUAUCGGCAUCCAAAUUUCUCUAAAGACGAGCCUGCAAAGUUGCAAUUGCUGGCUGAAAAAAGCCGUGACUUUGAGGAGGAAUUCGAUGAGAAACCGGAGGAUCCACGAUUUCCACCACUGAAUAUGCCAAAUGCUGCUCAUACCGACAGGAUGAUUCACCGAGGAGAUCUCUGUUCAAUUUCUUACACAUGCCGUUCUCCUUUGCAAGUAGCUCGAUGUCGAUUCCAAACCCUGCUGGGUUAUCAAGCCGAUUUGGCGGUUCUCAAGGAGCGCAAUAGUCUUGAUGUAUUCAACAAACAAAAAAGGGGUCGCAGUGCCAUAAAUAAUACUCUAAUCGAUACAAUUCCAGGUAAAGGAUCCUCGACGAAAUACGUAAAGCCACACGAGUCGGUUAUAACUAUUGGAAUUGGUCAAGCGCCUGACUAUGCCGGUUAUUAUGGGAGAGUAGAGCUCUCUAAAGUCAACGAUUUCUUUUCGGAAUACCUGCCACGAUAUGGCAGUAAAAUCACAGGCUAUAAAGAUAUAGUUAUGGAUGCCACCAACAAAUCUAUUGGCUUUCAACAGAAUCUACCUAUUGGAAUGGACUAUUCCGAUGAUGAAGACGAUGCUCUACCACCAAUUUCUUUGGGACUUGAAAUGGAUUUUACGCCAUCCACAUCAGCAGCGGCAAAGGUAAAGACUUCCAGCCGAAAGCCAGUUGAGGAUUCGGAUUUGGAGCAGGCCAUGCAGGAAUUAUGUGAGGGUUCGCACUUCAAUCAAGACGACGAUGUUCCACAAUCCAGCAGCGGCAUUAGGCCAAAACCAAAACCCAAACCAAAGGCAAAGGCCAAGCCCGCAAAACGUUUGGCUAAAUUCCUGGAGUCGAGUUCGAGUGAGAACGAAGAUUCUAAGGAGGUUGAGGAAAAGAAACACGUUAAGCCAAAGAAAAUAAAAAUGGAUGCGGUGGAAGAUGACAUCUCCUAUACUGUAGAAAUCGAAUUGGAUUCCGAGAUGCCAGAAAUCGAUGAAAGGACAGUCAAAAAGGCGAAGGACCAGCAAUACGAUGAAGAGGAUGAUGAUUCAGAGGACGACGAGGAUUUAGAUGAGGAAGACGAUGACGAUUAUAUUGACAAAAAUGUGCAGUACCGAAAUGCCACGGAACCUCCAAAAAGGCGACGAUAUGAUCUGCGAAACUCUAAGCGAAGUCCACCUUAAAGUGGUCAACCAUACAUCUUAACCUCUAACACAACUAGAAACAAAAAUAUUUAGAUCAAUUAUAUAAAGCUGAUAAUGGAAAUAUCAUAGGUGAUAGAAAAGCUGGUCUUUUCUCACUUCGAUUAAACUUCGAUUACUCAA